AUGAGUCAAAGGGACACCUUGGUUCAUCUGUUUGCUGGAGGGCUCAACUCGCGCCACGCUCUGUGGGCUCUCUUCCUGGGACGGUUCAACUUCACCUUGACCUACCGGCCUGGCUCCAGGAUUGUGAAGGCCGACGCCUUGUCCCGGCAGUUCGCCCCCCCAGUCGAGGAUUCAACAAAAGAAACCAUGUUGCCAUCUUCCUGUGUCGUGGGAGCAGCUAAAGCAAUCUACUUUGCUGCUUACUCCACGGCCAAAGAGAAACUGAACGGUGUGUUUGAACCCGACUCCACGCAGGUACACAUGGUGUCGGCUGGAAUGGCAGGUUUUACAGCCAUCACAGCCACCAACCCCAUAUGGCUGAUAAAGACUCGUCUGCAGCUGGAUGCGAGGAACCGGGGCGAGCGGAGGAUGAGUGCGUUCGAGUGCAUGCGGCGGGUAUAUCGGACGGACGGCCUGCGGGGUUUCUACAGAGGAAUGUCGGCUUCCUACGCCGGCAUCUCAGAGACUGUGAUCCACUUUGUGAUCUAUGAGAACAUCAAGCGGCGCCUCAUGGAGGCCAAGGCCACGCAGAACAUGGACGAGGAGGAGGAGACGUCCAAAGACGCGUCAGACUUCAUUGGGAUGAUGCUCGCUGCCGCCACCUCCAAAACCUGCGCCACAACUUUAGCUUAUCCUCAUGAAGUGAUCCGCACCCGCCUACGGGAGGAGGGCACCAAGUAUAACUCCUUCUUCCAGACUUUAAGAACAGUGCCCAGAGAGGAGGGGUACCGCGCGCUGUACCGCGGCCUCACCACCCACCUGGUGCGACAGAUCCCCAACACGGCCAUCGUCAUCUCCACCUACGAGCUGGUGGUCUACCUCCUGAACGGUUAAAGCCUCCCCCCCUCCCAUACCUAGUACUCAUAUGUAACCCUGCCCCUGAUCGGAGACGAGAGCUGACUGCACCCCCGCCUGAAGAGGACAGAGAUGGUGAUCUUUACCACUGACACAGGGCGGGGGGGGGUCAAAAUACGUUUUCUAACCAAAGGGUCUGUCUCGAGGAGGAGGAUCCAGGCGGUCCUCAUUGGUUCGGGGGUUUAUCUAAAGAAACGGUUGUCCAAUUGUUUUAUUUUGAUUCCAUUCUGUUCUCCCUUCAGUCGUGCUUCUGGAAGACAGCUUGUUCUGCUUCUAACAAUACUAAUAAUAUAAAAAGAAGUAAUUCCAAUCCUUACUACCUAGCGGAUUUAACACCACCCCUUCUAGCAGCAAUUCAGUUCUUUUAAACAUUAGUAUUGUGUAGUGUUCCCCUGCGGUCAUCAGAGAGUAGAAGACUGGAGACUGAGUUAAAGUACCUGACAGGUGGCUCUCAAGUUAGCGAAGGAGAAACCUGUGCCUAAGGCUUGAUAAAGAGCGGGAGACGUGCCUUGUGUGAAGAUUUGAUAGAGUCGUACACUGGUUCUGUGAUUACAGGUCGUCAGCAUCUGAAAUAAUCUCAUACUCCCGCCUCAUAACGCAGGAGUCGACGUGCAUUUACAGCUCUACACAAAAUAGCUUCAUCUUGAUAUUUUUUGCAAUGAAAGUCCAAAAAUGACGUCUCAAAUUCAGCAUGUUUGUGUUAUCCCGGUGUAGAAGAAGAGGAACGUCUAAUGUUAAAUGGAGGGGCAAAAGUCCCCAAAUUCAACUACUGAAAUCAGACAUGAGGAUGAGCUUCAUUAAAGCCAAGGAAGUAAAACAAUCCGUGUAUCUACCGUCCAAUUAUUUUUCUUUAUUAAACACGUAAACGGAAGAGCGUCUGAGAGGCGUUUUUGCUUUUUACCUUACUAAAUGGUCCUUGGAGCGAGGGGCGGGGCGAGACUCACGGAAGGAUACUGUAGUGAUUAAAAGUGUGAUUUUA